UUUGUCUGCGAUAUGGUAACCAUCCAACUGCCCUUAUGUAAUUUGUAAACAAACGACAGUGUUGGCACAUGACUGCCGCUGGCCGCUUGUCAUCUAAAUUAAAUAUGGCAUUAUAAUACUGUAUGUUGGAUAACUAAGCGCUGCAAAAGACCUACCACGUUCGCAGCCAUGGUGGGACAUAGAAGGUGCUUCUUGCUGCAAAGUGUUUGAUUUGACGGCUUUUGAAGGCAUUUGGUGUACAUGCUCGAUGGUUACACCAGGGAUAUUAGAAAAAAUCUAGUAUUAUCUAGUCUCUACUGUGCUAACGGAAGUUUAAUGAGUAAUAUACUUGCUAUUUUGGCCAGGUUGGCCAUGUCUCGGGUCGACAGCGCGCGUGUUUGAGUUGGAAUUUGGACCAGGGAAGGUGUUCUGGGGGUUUUCGCACAAGAUACAAUGUGGCACCGUAAAAUAUCGUAACCCUUUUAACCACGAUGUUUUCUUCGAAUUAAACGAGUAAUAUUUCUGCUGGCAUUGGGUAGGUAGGCUAUCCGAAAUCGAAGGACAAGAAAACACCUGCAUCACAUGGGGAUAUUUUUAUACCGGUUGGUGGCUCUAGCAGUGCACGUUCCCCUUGUCUGUGGCAACUCAAACGCAAUUGAAGUUGUCAGGAACUACUCCAUAGCCUAUGAGGACAUCGCCCUUCUGUGCAGAAGAGAGAAGCUCAAGUUCGGCACCUGCCUCAUUAACCGGCUGAAAUGUUACUAUAGGAAGGACUGUGGAAGGGAGUACAUGUUGAUGAAAUUAAUCUGCUCAGUGAGCUCGAACCAGAGCAGUGCCCAUGAGUACCCAGACUGCCGUGAUGGGGGCAGCGAGGCCAGCCUGCUGGUGUCUCCGCUGGUGGUGGCUGGCAUCGUCAUUGGCCUGGUGCUCUUCCUGUCCUGCGUUACCAUCAUCGUGGGUAGCCUGCGCAAAGACAGCCGUCUGCGCAACCCCCACCUGCGGGCCAGCUAUGCUCCGGAUGGCUUUUCAUACGGCGGCUCCAUCGGGGAGCUGAGGUCGACGUGUAUCGAGGAGUUCCCUCCAGCGUUUGACUUUGACUCCUACGUGGAGACUCUAUCACAAGUCAAUGUGAUGUAUCCAGACUCCCCGCCACACUAUGAUGAAUGUGUGGGACCAGGUGCGACACAGAUAUACGUCCCCACAGAUGACCCCCCUCCGUACUCCCUCACGGACCCCUGUCAGCGGGGCCACCAGCAGGCCACCUACACCAGCCUGGAGAUGGAGGAGCCGUCCGCUGGAGCUGGAGCUGGAGCCUCUUGGGUGUCCGCCAGCAGUGCCGCCGCCUCCCACUACCCAAUCGGACUGCAUGAGCUCCGGCAGCAGCCAAUAUCCUCCAUCUCCCAGUCAGCGUUCCACCUGGAGGAGGCGCCCCCAUACGAGGUGGUGGUGAGCAGGCAGAACCAGCCCAUCCCUCUGAUGCCCAUGGACCUGCUCAAACACCUCUCGGAGGACAGCCAUAGUCCUCAGAGAGCCCGGGCUGUCGCACACAGAAUCCUGUAGAGCUGACUGGGCUAGUCCACUCCAAUGCUCUUUGUGCGGACAGCCUGAAUCUCUCUUCUGCUUCUUCCAGUGUCCCUUUGUGCAUGACAGGCAUUAUCAAAAGAGAUGGACUUUCUGGACUGAAGCGGAAACUUUGGGUUGAACCUGAACUCAAUCUGCACCUUCCUUUCCUUCUCCCUACCUCUUGGAUAAGCUGUGUCCCCCGACUCCCAAGAUGUUACCGGCAUCACUCCUCACUCUCUCUCCCUACUGGGGCACCGCCAUGAAAUCACAGGGCUACUACUAGUUACCUGGGGCUGGGAGUGGUCUUUCUGUCCAGAGGGAAUUCACUUCACACUGUACAAUGGUCUCAGUUUAGGAGGCAUUCACGCAUUUAGGAAGCAUUAUCAAAGUCUGUUUUUAGCACCAGAAAAAACAGUAGAGGUAACCUGAAGUGGUUUCACAUAGAUAUUCUGUAUGUACUGUUGGUUCUUGUUGUGUUGAAAUGGAAUUGCUCUUGAUUUUAAAAAAAACAGAUAGCAAGAAUGCCUAAUUUCACAUUCCACCACAUAUCCAUAUGGUUUUAUUAAUAUUUUCUACAUGGAAAUAAUAUUUGAUUUAUAUUUAGUUGACUUUAGGACUCCGGCAGUCUGUAAAAUGUCCAGUAAUUUCAACUAAUAAAUAUACCCCAGAACUUAAAGGGGUUCUUUGGCUGUCCCCGUAAGAGAACCCUUUGAAGAACCCUUUUUGGUUCCAUGUAGAACCUUUUCCACCGAAGGUUCUACAUGGAACCAAAAAGGGUUCUACCUAGAACCAAAUAAGCUUCUCCUAUGGGUACAUCCGAUUAAUCCUUUUAAAACACUUUUUUCUAAGAGUAGGUAUUUUUUUGCACUAUUAUUUUAAAUAAAUAAUUUUUGUGGUAUAUGGUUUUAUAUGGUUUCUGGAUAUAAACACGUUCAUAUGAGCUGGAAAUACUGUCUAUUCUCUAUAAUUGGGUUUCCCCUCUGGGGGCUGAGGCCUCUUCAGAUCCAAACUGUUCUGUUUCAGUCUCUAAACGUGCAACACCACACAUUCCUCUUCUCUCUCUCUCUCACUACUUCUCUUUCUGUGAAGAGCUUUUUUAGGUGUUCACGAGCGAAAUUACUAUGAGCUUGACCCAUUCGCCAGCUAACAUCCAAGUACAAUAUACCUUGUAGCAGAUUUACAAUGGUAUUUGACAAUUGGUGCGAAGGACAAAUAAUAUUAGCACGCAGUUUACUGUGAUGAGGGAUUUACUAUACUUUAGUACUGUCAUCUUUGAUAUUAUGAUAAAUAAACAAUUCAUUUUUACAAAAUAUUAUUCAGUCUAGACACAUUGUAUUUUUCAAUAUGCUGGAAUCUUUAAUGGUUCCAAAUUAGUAUUCAGUAUUUUGUUUUUGGUUGUGAGUAUUCAUUGUACAGAUAAACUGUCUUCAGUUGAACUGUUUUACAUGUCUGUCAUCCAUGUAUAAAUGGUAUAAAAAUGACUGUGCCUGCCAAGCACUAAGUCUAAGACUGUUAGACUGCUUAACAUUGUAGCCAUAGUAACUUGAAACACUGACGCUUUCCUUUUCCAAAUAGCUUGUUAUUUUUCAAGGCUCGUGUUACUUUGUUAAGUUAUUCAGAUAAGUCUAUGUUCAUCAUUGAAACCCCAGAAAAAGUACUCUCAGCAGAAAAUGUGACAUAAUGUCCAUAUUUUGUGUAUAAAACCGUAUUUGUGGAGUCAAUGACCCCCUGUCACCUUUGCAUUUGGCCCCAGAACUUGGUAUCUCUGUUCCAGCCCCCCUCUCUUUCUCAUAGUCUCCCUCAUUUAUCUUACCAAAUCCCUUAUUGUGAAGUGAUAUCCUCACUGAACCCUUAAAGAAUAUUUUAUAAAUGAAUUAGUCGCAUGAUUGCAUUGCUGGCAUUGUGGAUAAAGAGUUAUAAAGAGAUGAGUAUUUAUUUAGAAUAGCUUUAUCAAUAAUGUGUAUAACUGUGGAAAGACUACUAUUAAAUAGCUGUUGUGAGAUUCACCGGAAUGUAGAUGUCCUACAACACAGAUGCUUCGCACUAGACAGAAACGUCUAAAGAUGAAAGAUCAACAGGUUAUUUUUCUUGCAUUGCAAUCGUCAUCGAAUGGAUUUGACUUUGAAGAGAGUUUGUUAAAUGGCUUUUAAAAACCAAAUGCUGUUCAUCAUCACUUGUUAAUACAUAUUCUAUUUGUGGUCAGAAUUGUCAUGUCAAGCCCUAUAAAUAAAGCAAUGUUUGGCCUGAAAAUGAUGUGUUAACUUGACAAUGAGCAUUAUUGCUUAUUGUUAUGUACCUGCUGCAAAUCUAGCGAUGCUAUAGAACAUUUAUGAUGGUCUUGUGUUUCAUAAACUGAAAUCUAAAAGUGCAAUGCAGUGAAUAGUACAACGUAUUAGAAUUGUGUGCAUCGUGACACACUCGUGAGUCAUCUAGAAAUGCAACGUUACCUGCCUUUACAAGUCAGUAGAAAUGCACUGUAACUGUGUUGGAAGACCUAGUUCAAUACCUGUUGAGGUAAAACUGCAAUGCGGUUCACUCUGGUCUUACAUGCUGUUUUGUCUUUGUUGUUUACUUCCUUUUGGUAGCACAAUAGGUACAUGUCCAACAUAAAUGUGAAUCAAUGUGUAAUACUGUACAUGUACACUUCCAAUGUAUAGUUUCCCUAUAAGUCCCACUGUUGUGCACAACUGUCCUGUGUGACAAAGAUUCUUGUUUCCUAUAAUCACAGUCAUCAACGUAUAUCCAUGUUUUGUAUUAGAGCUUUUAUUAAUUUCUUAUAUUGGGGAAAUUAAAUACAUUUGACCUCUA